GUCAUGGCUUCCUCCAGCAGUUUCCUGUCUGAAGAUCAGCUCCAGUGCUCCAUCUGUCUGGAUGUGUUCACUGAUCCAGUCUCUACUCCAUGUGGACACAACUUCUGCAUGAUCUGUAUCAAAGAGUGCUGGGACACCAGUUCACACUGUCAGUGUCCAGUAUGUAAGGAGGAAUUUCCUCGAAGACCUGAACUACGAGUAAAUACUUUCAUCUCUGUACUCGCUGCUCAAUUCAGGAAGCCAGUGCAGGUCAAAUCAAGCAGCACUGCAGGAGAACCUACCAAAUCUCUGGUGUUCUGUGAGGUCUGCAAUAAAAAGAAACAUGAAGCUCUUAAGUCCUGUCUGAUCUGUAUGGUCUCUUACUGUAAGAUUCACCUGGAACCUCAUGAGAAAGCUUCUUCAUUAAAGAAACACAAACUAAUAGAUACUGUAGAGAACCUGGAGGAUUACAUCUGUCAGAAACAUGAGAGACCUCUGGAGAUGUUCUGUAGAGACGACCAGACAUGUGUGUGUCAGGUCUGCAACUUAGAUGACCACAAAAACCACAACACAGUUCCUAUAGAGGAGGAGAGUGCAGAGAAGAAGACUCAGCUGGGAGCAACACAAGCAGAAGUUGAGCAGAUGAUCCAGGACCGACUAAAGAAGAUAGAGGAAAUUAAAGACUCUAUAAAACGUAAUAAAAAAAACACAGAGAAGGCGAAAGCUGACAGCAUGGAGAUCUUCAGAGCUCUGAUACGCAGCAUUGAGAGAAACCAGGCUGAGAUGCUGAAGGUGAUGGAAGAGAAACAGAGAGCAGCAGAGCAUCAGGCUGAAGAGUUCAUUAAAGAUCUGGAGCAGGAAAUCACUGCGCUAAAGAGGAGAAACACUGAGCUGGAGCAGAUCUCCAACACUGAGGAUCAUCUCCACGUCCUACAGAUUUACCCGUCCCUGUGCAGACCUCCACCUACCAACAACUGGACUGAUGUCAGUAUUCAGCCUCAUCUGGAUGUGGAGACGCUGAGGAGAGCUCUGUCUCAGCUUCAGGAAUGUGUUGAUGAACAAAUGAAGAAGGUUGUCAGUAUGGAACUAAAGAGAAUUCAACAAUAUGCAGUGGACGUGAAUCUGAAUCCUGAUACAGCUCAUCCUUACCUGAUCCUGUCUUAUGAUGGAAAACAAGUUACUGACGGAGACACAGAACAGGAUCUUCCUGAUAAUCCAGAGAGAUUUGACCAAUGUGUCUGUGUGCUGGGAAAGGAGGGAUUCUCCUCAGGGAGAUUUUACUAUGAGGUUCAGGUUAAAGGGAAGACUGAGUGGGAUUUAGGAGUGACCAGAGAGUCCAGUAACAGAAAGGGAGAGAUUAUACCAGGACCUGAUGAUGGAUAUUGGUCUGUGUGUCUGAGAAAUAAAACUAAAUAUUUGUCUCUGGAUUCUCCCUCUGCCCCCCUUUUUUUGAAACAGGCUCCUCAGAAGGUGGGGGUGUUUGUGGAUUAUGAGGACGGUUUGGUCUCCUUCUAUGAUGUUGAGAAUAAAUCUCAUAUCUACUCUUACACUGGUCAGUCUUUCACUGAGAAACUAUAUCCAAUAUUCAGUCCCUAUGAAAAAUAUGAAGAUAAAAAUUCAGCACCACUGAUCAUCUGCCCUGUUAGUCAAAUUCAGUCUUAAUAAGUGAGUGCAAUGCAAUGUGCAACACCACUGUCUGAUUUAUAUCCUUUUACUUGUUUUUUCUUCCUCUUAUUUGCAUUUCAUUUUUAAUUAAAAUUAUUUAUUUGCAAAAUAAUAACAACCAAAUGGAAGAAACAUACAAACUAACUGGAUCACCUUAGUAAUCACAUAGGAUACAAUGGCAACCAGCUAAUAACAGCCUUUUAACCAUGUGGCAUAUUAAAACAACCACUUAGCAACAACAGAGCACCCAACUAGUAACCUGACUGAAGUUGCCUAGGAUAUUGUGACCAUGACUUUGCAACACCCUAGCAAUCUUAAGGGAACAACCAUCUCCAACCAUAUAGAUUACCGUAGCAACCAUCUAGCAACACACUAGUAAUUACCAGAUAUGCCACAGAACCACCUAGAAUGCCCUUGUAACCAGUUGGAAUGUGUUAGUCUGUAUCGAGCAACACUGGCAUCCUUUUUGACAUGACUGGACACGUAUCGUAGGGGGUGUGUGAUAUUUCACAGCUGUCCUUGACCAGAGAUAUUGUAAGCGGAAGCGGAGUUACAGUAGGAAAUUGAAAAUGACAAGACUGGAAGAGAUGAUGGAGGGGGGUAUAUGGAAUAAUAUGCUAGUAUUACAUGGG